AUGAAGGUGCUUCCAUGCGACGUCGCCCCCAAGGAGUUUGGAGGUCGUCAAGACGAUCCAACUCUGCAGGCUGCCCUCGCUGAAGCCAGCCUUCUGCAGGACGAAUUGCGCUACCCUCAUAUCGUCAGCUGCCAAGACAUCCUCUUCGAUGCAGAUCGGAGCGUAGUUUGCUUACUGUUGGAGUACAUGGACGGCGGUGACCUCCACGCCUUGAUCGAGCACCACCGCGAGGCGGACUCAAGCUUUGAUGGACACUUCCCUCGUCGAGUUCUGGCGGCGGUUGGAGGGGCGCUGCAGUACAUUCAUGCAGUGGGAAUCCUUCAUCGGGAUGUCAAGCCAGCAAAUGUGCUUCUAUCCAGGAGAGAUCACACCGCAUCAAACUCGCCGACUUCGGAAUCGCCAAGCUGGUGGAAGCCUCCACCCUCCGGGCGCAUACGCUGGUGGGUACGCCUUACUAUUUCUCCCCGGAGCUGGUCUCUGGUGAGGUGUACGGGGCCCCCGCCGACUGCUGGGCUCUAG